AUGGUCGGAAAGGAAGAACCAUGCGUUUACCAGAAUCCAGACGCGCCAGUGGAGGCGCGUGUGAAGGACCUUAUAUCUCGCAUGACUCUCGCGGAGAAGAUCGGCCAGAUGACUCAGAUCGAACGUAGAGUCGCUUCUCCAGUCGCCUUUAGAGAUUUCUUCAUCGGCAGUGUACUGAACUCCGGAGGGAGUGCGCCGUUUGAGGACGCUAAGUCGUCGGAUUGGGCAGAUAUGAUCGAUGGCUUUCAGCGAUCAGCGUUAGCGUCGCGUUUGGGAAUUCCCAUGAUCUACGGCACAGACGCUGUUCACGGCAAUAACAAUGUCUACGGCGCCACCGUUUUCCCCCACAACAUCGGCCUCGGAGCCACCAGAGAAGCGGAUUUGGUCAGAAGAAUUGGAGCUGCAACGGCACUUGAAGUAAGGGCGAGCGGAGUUCACUGGGCGUUUGCUCCCUGCGUGGCCGUGUUGGGAGAUCCGAGAUGGGGACGAAGCUAUGAGUGUUAUGGAGAAGACCCUGGACUUGUCUCUGAGAUGAGUUCGCUGGUCUCAGGACUACAAGGCGAACCACCCGAAGAACACCCAAAUGGUUACCCUUUUGUCACUGGAAGCAACAACGUCGUUGCAUGCGCCAAACACUUUGCUGGAGAUGGUGGUACCGACAAGGGCGUAAACGAAGGGAACACCAUCGCAUCAUAUGAAGACUUGGAGAAGAUACAUAUUUCUCCAUAUUUGAAGUGUCUUGCUCAGGGAGUUUCCACGGUUAUGGCAUCUUACUCCAGCUGGAACGGGAGUAACCUUCACUCCAAUUACUUCCUCUUAACUGAAGUUCUCAAGGAAAAACUCGGUUUCAAGGGAUUUAUAGUUUCAGACUGGGAAGGUUUGGACCGGCUUAGUGAGCCUAGAGGAUCAAACUACCGCAACUGCGUUAAAACUGCGGUUAAUGCUGGCAUUGACAUGGUGAUGGUACCUUUUAAGUACAAAAUGUUCAUACAAGACAUGACAGACCUGGUAGAGUCAGGGGAUAUAUCAAUGGAUCGGGUCAAUGACGCUGUUGAAAGAAUACUAAGAGUGAAGUUUGUAGCUGGUCUCUUUGAACAUCCUUUGUCAGACAGAUCUUUGUUGGGAACUGUUGGCUGCAAGGAGCAUAGAGAACUUGGGCGUGAAGCAGUUAGAAAGUCGUUAGUGUUGCUAAAGAAUGGGAAGCAUGCUGAUAAACCGUUCCUACCACUAGAUCGCAACGCCAAGAGAAUUCUAGUCACUGGAACGCAUGCAGAUGAUCUUGGGUAUCAGUGUGGAGGAUGGACAAAGACAUGGUUUGGUCAAAGUGGCAGGAUCACAAUCGGCACCACGCUUUUGGAUGCCAUAAAAGCAGCAGUUGGAGAAAAAACCGAAGUGAUCUACGAGAAAACUCCAUCGAAGGAAACAUUGGCUUCGAGUGAAGGAUUUUCUUACGCCAUCGUUGCAGUGGGAGAAUCUCCCUAUGCAGAGAGUGUCGGUGACAACGCGGAACUCAUAAUACCGUUUAACGGUAGCGACAUUGUAACCAUGGUGGCAGAGAGAAUCCCAACUCUGGUGAUGUUGAUCUCAGGACGACCUGUGGUUUUGGAGCCGAGGGUUCUUGAAAAGACGGAGGCUCUAGUAGCUGCUUGGCUGCCUGGAACUGAAGGGCAAGGAAUGGCUGACGUCAUUUUUGGUGAUUAUGACUUUGAGGGGAAGUUACCAGUGAGCUGGUUCAAAACCGUUGAGCAUUUGCCGUUAAACGCUCGUGCCAAUUCGUAUGACCCAUUGUUCCCUCUUGGUUUCGGUCUCAAUUCAAAACCAGUGUAACUACACCGGUCUAAUUGUGGUACGUUGGAGUAUGUAAUGACGUGUAUUACAAACAAUGUCGUGUUUGUGAAAUAAGCUAGCAAUAAGAACUAUUGGGUUUUGAAUGAGAGAUCAUGAAAAAGUUUAAACAAAGUGUGUCUUGAGAAAA